AGUUGCUAAAGAUAGAUGUAAUAGUAUAAGGUGUGAUAUUUACAUAGCAAUAAGGUUUUUAACAAUGAACCCUGAUAAUUUUGAAAAUAAUUUGAAUGUUUUGAACGAUCUUAUAAAUUUGCAAGUUCGUGACUAAGUUUGGGUUUUUAAAUGUGAACAGCGAAAAAUGUAAUUAAAGGCGCAAUACAACAUGACGGUUGUACAUAACGAACGUGUUUGUGCAAAUGGUGCGAAUGCAACAUACAGUAUAUAGUGUUUGAUCGUUGACUGUCACGUAAAAAAGCUACAAUUAAAAAAAAAAAGCAUUUCAGUUGAACCAAGUUGAACAGAUGCAUUUAAGAGGUAACUGUCUGUUAUUUAUUGAGGUUGACGAUAUUUGUCGUGCAACAUGGCGAUUUGAAUAAUAAGUGCACGUCGUUUUGUUGUUAUUGCGUUUAUGAAGGAAAGAUUAUACAUAAUAUUCUUCUUGUAACAACACAAAGAAAUAUGUUUAUGUUGAUCAUAGUACAUGUUGUGGAACUUCACAGUAAUUGAAGAAUUUUUGUUGUCAAGAACAUUUAAGAAUAAUAGAAUAUUCUUUUCUAUAUACUUUAUGUACAAUUUUGACUGUUACUUACAAUAAGUUAUAGUUAUUUAAAUAUCUGCAUCAAGUUCAUUUAACUAUGAAAUUAUUAAAAUGUGUGUUAUAAUGGAUUUACAAAUUUCUAUAAAAUGUUUCCUUUUAUGGAAUGAUAAAAGAACUGUAAAAGAACUGUAGGCUCAAAUGUACUACCAUAAUUAAAGUGACAUUAUUAACAGUGGGCAAUGAGCAAUAGUGGAUUCAGAGGAAGAGGUUUUGGACUAAGGGGAGCUCGUUCAAAUGGUCCUGCCAAUAGCUUCAAUGGGCCCAGAUUUCCGCAUCCUGGAUUUAAUCAUCCACGACCACCGCGACCACCUGGACCUGAAAAAUGGAUGGAACGUCCCAAUUUCAUGUUAUGGCAACAAAAUAAAAAUUUUCUUUCGCAUCCACAAUAUAGAGGUAAUUUACAGUUUCGACCAAAUAAUAGAGGACGCAUAGCAAGUGGUCGUGGAAUAGUAAGAUUUUCUGGUCCGGGUAGACCACCAGCUCCUCAGUAUUGUGUGGGUUUUGUAAGAAAUCCUGCACCUAGAGCAUCAUUAUUACAAGAAGAGCAAGUAGAUGAUAAAUCUGCAAUAGUACCGCAUAUUCCUCUGCUUGGUUCUGAAGAAGAACGUCAGCAGAAGAUUACAGAAACAGCUGAUAAAUUAAAACAGAAAUUAUCCUCUAUAACAGAAGAAGAGCUUACAAAUUUUUGGGAAGAUGACUUAUCUGUUUUACAAAAUAAUGGUUCAGUAGAAGAAAAUACUCAAAACAAGGGUAUUCCUGAACUUAGACAUGAACCUCCAGAACUUGACUUGACUUUUACCGACUUCAAAGAUAUAGGUAGAGUUGAUUGCAAUAGUUCAAAACUUGAGAAUACAGAUGAUACAUUUAAUAAUGAUGAAAUUUUAAUUACUUUUGAAGAGAGACCUACAGAUAAAGUGACAAAUGAUGAAAUUAUUGUUAUUGAUGAAAAUAAAGAAGAAUCUUUAAAUACCUCAAACUUAGUACAGGAUAAAGAUGUUUUGAAUCAAUCAAAUAUGUUAGAAAAUAGUGAAUAUCAUACAGAAAUUGUUCAUGACUUGCCUAAUUCUAAAUGUAAUUUAGAAAAUUUAAAUGUACCAUGCAAUAAUGUUAUAGAAGAUUUAACAUGUUCAAAUUCAAAUGAUACAGAUGAAAAGUCAUCUGAUUUAAAAGAGAAUUUAAUAAAUUUGGCAUCCAUAAGAUUAACUGAUGAUUUAACAACAGAAAAAUCUUCAGAUUUGAGUAAGGUGAAAGCAACAUCUAAAUCGGAAACAAUUAUAAAUGAUCAAGAUGUGUUUCAAGUAGAUUUUUCAAAAAAAAGAGAUUCAGCACUAAUAGAUACAAGGGAUACAACUGUUCAUCAAAUUGAUAAUGCAGAAACAAAGUUAGUAAACAGUGAGCAAAAUCAAAAUGAUGUACAAACUAAGGUAUCCCAAGAAGAAACUUGUCAAAAUUUGGUAAACAUAUCUGAUCAUUCUCAAAAAAGGUCAUUAAAUAUUUCACCUUCCAGCGAAGAAAUUCAUUUAGAUAAUGUCUGUCGCUCAAAAUCUUCAGUAUGUCCAAGUUACACUGAAGUAAAUAAGUUAAAUCAUGAUACAAGAUUGAAUAAUUCACCUGUUUUUCAACCAAGGGUCUUUAACAUACCUCCUAGGUUUACUCCAAGAAUUCAAGGACCUAGAUGUCGUUGGACGUUUCAACAAAAUGGAAAAAAUUUAUUAUCUCAUGGAUCUCAAAGAUUACCUUUUCAUGGGAAUAGAAUGACUCCUCCGAGACAUAUUACACCGUUUCAGCCAAAUGAUUUGGUUCCAGUUAUGUUUGGUUCAAGAGCACCACCACCAUUUGCACCUGUUUCCAGCCAUGAUCAUCAACAGAAUGUACCAUUCUCUUCUAAAGAUUUGCCUCUUGCAUUUGAUCCAAGUGAACCUCCGCCAAAUAUAAGAUCAAAUGCAGUGAUCGAGGCAUCUAUUAUGCAGCCACAUCCUAACUUUCAUCCAAGAGGACCACCACCUAGAAUUUCAACUAACGAACAGUUACCUGGAUUUAAUCCUCAACAUCCAGCAGCAAAAGUUCAUAAAAGAGAUGAAACUCUUCAGCCACCACCGAUUUUUGACCCACGACUUUCAUCACGGGAACGUUCGAGUUUAAUUACUCCAUUAGAUUCUUCAAGAUCAAAUAUAGUACCCGUAAAUUUAAUGGAAACAACACCAAUAUCGGAUUUUAAUAUAGCAUCAAAUUUUCCUCAAUUACCUUCUAUGAAUAUACCGACUCAUCAACCUUACAUUUCUAAUGUACAAACGAAUUUUCAACCUAUUGUACCACAAACAAAUAAUGGGCAAGUAAUGAUGAGAGAUUUUCCAUUACUUCCACCACCUAUAAAUAUUACUAACGUUCCACUACCUCAGCUAAAAGAACCUUCGUUAGAACAAACUUCUAGUUCCAGCCAAUGUAUAAAUAUGGAUGAUGGCUUGGAAGAUAUGCAAGAGGCAAUGGAAUUUGCAAAACAAGUCAUGAAUAUGACAAAGGAAGUAGAAAAUGAAAAUAUACCAUCAGUGUGUUCGAAAUUACCAUUAACACCAUCAGAAAUUCCUAUACCAAAUGAAGAUGUACCUAAUUCUUCAUCGUUAGAAGAAGAAUAUCCUCGUAUAUUAAAGAAGCAGAAAAAGAAAGAAAAUAGAAAUAAAAAAUGUAAACAAAAUAUAAUUUGUGGUCCAGAAUUAAAUAAUGAAAAGCAAGAGGAUAUUAAAGCAAUGGAUGAAGAACAAAUUCCACAAAAUCAAAAUAAAAAUAACGAUGGAACGUUAUUAACACAAGAUCAAAUUCGACCUAAAGUAGUAUUUAAUUUAAGUUCCAAAACAAAGAAAAUACAUAAAUCAGAAGAGUGGAAUAGAGCUCCUGUAAGUAAUCAACAAAAUAAGGAAACUUAUCAGCAAGGUGUAACUCAAAAAUGCAGUACAGAAAAGGUGAUGCCUAAAAAAUGUCUUGAAAAUGAAAGAAAUAGUACAAUUCAAGAUGAGAAUCAGCAGAAAGAGGAUAAUGCUAAGGCAAACUUAACAGAUUACAUACAGACCGAUCAAUUAAAUAACACGCUUUGUCAUCAAGAUCAUCCCAAAGAUUUGGAAAAAUCACAUCCACAUUACUCAAAUAAUUUGAAUACACAAAAGAAUCAAACGUCCAAAAAGGAGUCUAAAAAGGUAGAAGCUCCUACUUCAGAAUCUAUGUGGAAAAGUAGAGUGAUCAGUCGUUUUCUGAAAAUGAGUAAAAACGAUAUUUGCAAUAUGGUUAAUAAUUCGAGUCUUCGCAAGUUCGAUAUUGCAAUGAAACAUUUGGUAAAAGAAAAAAGACCUUCUCUUUCUUUAGAAAUGAGAAACACAGAAGAUGAAAAAAUGAAAGAGUACGAUAGAGAAGAAUUUAUGAAUCAAUUGAAUGCAAUGCUAGAUCCAGGUGCUGUAGUGGCUAUUACAGAUUUACCAACGGAAUUCAUUCAUCAUUUAAGUGAAGUCUUGCAGCUUGAUCCAAUGCCAUUUGAUCUUGAAUUACCUGAAACACAAAAUGCAGAUCAGAAUGAUGUUUCAAACAUAAAUACUACUAAACGUUCAAAUAAAGGAAUCACAGAAUCUGGAGAAGAUAAUUCUUUGUACAAUGGGGAAGAAUUUUCUCAUUUUUCUUUUUCACAGGAAAACGUUAAGUUAUUGAAGUCUAAUAAAUUAAAUAAGAAACAGCAACAACCAUUGUUCAAUGAAGCAGAUCUGGAUGAUAUAUUGUCAGAGGUUACAGAUAAAACAAGAAAAAGUACAAAGCAAAGUAUGAUUUUAUCGCUAGUACCAGAAAAAUCUAUUAAAUCAUGUAAAAGUUCUUCAUUGAUGCAACCAGCGAUAGAACCUCUAGAACGUAACACAUUUUUGCAUAUUUCUAAUAAAACAGCUGCUGAUCUUGAUGACAUUUUUUCAGCUGGAAUCGCACGGGUUAAAUCACAUGGUAAAAGUACGGAUUCGGAUACCUUCAGAUCUGAAAGGUACGAAAGAUGGAACAGAAAAGAUCAAGAUGAUCCAGAUUCAUUCAGAAAUUUAACUAAAGAGGAAUGGGAAGCCAAGUAUGGAUCUAUAAAUUCCACAACAGGUUUAACGAUUCCACGAAAAUGUUCCUCUAACAGUGUUGACAAUCUGAGAAUAGAGACAAAAAAUGAGGAGAGGGAAAAUUAUCGUACACAGAGAUAUUGUUCAUCAGAUUCACCAAUGAGACAUUUAAGCUUAAGUCCCACGACGCGUGAAAUUUCUCUAUCGAGCCUAUGUAUCAGUGAAUCAGAAGAAAUGCGAAGAGUUGAAUUAUCGGAAAGUAACAGUGAUUUAAGCACAACUAGUUCAAGCGAUACUGACGAGGAAAUUGUUUCUCCGAAUGUGACAAAACUGUUAAAAGUCAUUAAGGAAAAGGAAAAGAUCGCGAAGAAAAGAUCACUUAAUGAAACGAUAAGAGACGAAGUGGCUGCGGAAAUAGAAAAAAAAUGGAAGGAAAAGAGUAAAUAUAAAGAACGUAAAUCUCGUAAACGUGAAAGAAGGAAAAGAGAUAGAAAGGAGAGGCGCAAGAGAGAAAGGAAAAAACGGAGGAGCAGAAAUUCUUAUUCUGAUACUUCAAAAUCCAACGAGCACAUGGAAGAGUUCCAAUUACUCACAGAGAAUGAAAUAAAAAAGGAAGUAAUUGUCAAGGAAGAACCAGCAAUAGAAAAACAGCAGAUGUCUCGGGUUACGUGUGACAUAACGUCGUCGCAAAAUAGGAAUAAACCAACCGUUGUUUCUAUAACGGUGCAACCAAAAACGAAGGCACAAUUAAAACAAAUGCCAGAAUUUAAUAAUAUUCAAGAGAAGCAAAUUGCAGUUACAAAAAAUAAUAUAUUAAACAUGGAGAGUAAAAGCAUGAAAGACCAAAUUGAGAAGAGGAAAAAUAAUGAAACAACAAAGAAUAAUAAUGAACGAAUAGAUGCUGUUUCGCCUAUAAAUAAUUCUUUUCAUCAGAUUAACGUAUCUGUAAACAUUACUGAACCGUCUACACUUAUUCAACCGCAGAUUGAAACUGUUAGUAAUAAUAAUGGUAUGAACACAAAGUUACUUAUGUGUAGCACUUCAAAUCCUAUUACUGAAGUUAAUGUAAGUAGUCAGUGUAUUGAUCAGAAAAUAGUUGCAACAGGUACUUCUGCACUAGAGAGAAAAGGUAAUUAUAAGAAAAUAGAUAUUAAAGCGUACAAAGAACGUGCGUUGCAGAAACGAUUGAAAGAGCAAGAUACAUUAAAAGAAAAUUCAAAAAAUUCUGUUUCGUUUCAUAAAACUUUGAGACAUACUUCACCGAUACACGCCACCGAGAUAAAGACGAUAGAAUUAGAUGAAAGUAAAAAGCAGUUUGGAGAUCCGCAAUUAGAUACAACUAAACCAGCAAAUAUUCCGACCAAGGAAAAUUCUAAGCAAGAAGCUAAAGAGAAAAUUAACUUAGAGAAUAAAGAAUCUUUAGUUUCUGUACAGCCGAACAGUGUCAGUGGGUCAAGAUUAGAUAUUGAAAAAAAUAAUACGGUCCUUGAUGAUUCUGUUAAGGUUCAUAAAAAUGAUUUGAAAUCUUCUUCUCAAGAUACGACUGUACUAUUGUCCACAAAACUACUACCGUCUACAGUCGAUUCCGCUAAAUUUAAAAACAUUCGAUCAGAAGGAGGUAAAGAAUUGAAACUAAAGAAAGAAAAGGUGAAAAAAUCUGUUGAAAAAAAGAAAAAACUGUUGACAAGAGAGAAACAAGCAGAAAAAUGUAUAGAUAAAAAUAUUGAAGGUGCACAUAUACCAGCAAUUAUAAGUACAAGUAGUACUAAUCAAAUUACUGAAACAAGUGUAAGUUUAUCUGAAACUCAAACUACCCAUUCUGAAACAUCUUCUAAUGCAGAUGCAUUGGUAGCUGAUAGUAAACCUAAGGAAGAUAAUGUUUGUUCUAUGACAGCAGGAACCACCGGUGUUUCGUCUACCGACGAUGAUAAUGAACAAGCUACUGAUCAGAUCAAUGAAAAGAUUUCAGAAAGUUCGACAAAUUUAAAAAACAAAAAAGACGGUAUUAAAAUUAACGAAGUAAGUGUAGGAACAGCUGAGCCUGUGUUGCCUCUUUGUAAAGAAUUAUCAGUGAGUUUAAUUCCACUUGAGCAUACUCCACAAAUUUCCAUCGCAAAAUCUAUUACCAUAGGAGAAUGUGAAACAGGUACAAUAUCUCCUCCAGAUAUCGUUAAUAAGGAAUCACUUUCUUCAUGUGAACGUGUUGAUAUUAACAUUGAAAAAGAAAAUGUAACUCCUAUCACAACUGAAAAUAAUAUAACUUCAAAUAUACAAGAUACACAAGCUUUAAAAGCUGUUAAUGAGAAUGACAAUGCAAAGGAUAAUAAUGAAUCUGUGCUUCAGUUGCAAGCUGUAGAAAUUGCAAGUGAUUAUGAUAAAGAACAGGAAGACAAAUCUCCAUGUAGUCCAAAAAGUCCAUUCAAAGGUUUUCGUGAGGAAUCCAUUAAGGAAAAUAUUAAUCGGGUAUCUGAACUGUAUAAUUUAAAAGUAAACGAUAAAAGUAAUGAAAAAAAUGCCGAAGAAUGUUCUGAGCAAUGGUUAGAACCACGUCUUGAUAGUAAAUCUGGUAGUGAUCAAGCUACUGACAAUGAGUCUUCUAAAAAACGAAAAAAAGACAGUGAAACAUCAGCUUGUAACUUAAUAAAACCUCAAAGUUCUACCGAAGGAGAUACUACCGAUGGAAUUAUUCACGAUAAUUUAAACAUUAUAGAUAACACUGAGGUGGGUGGAAAAAUAUUAGAAACAGAAGAUGGUAAUAUAAUACAAGAGCAAAAUGAGCAAGAAAAAGAUAUUUCACCUAUGAUCAAUACACUCAGCCAGGAUACAUUUGACGAAAAUAGUGAACCGUUUAUUGUAUUGGAUGAGUAUAUAGAUGAUGCAGAUGAAAAAUCAAUUGAGAAAUUAAAUACUCUUGAUUUAGAUCUUGAAGACUGUGUUGCAAGAGAUGCAGAUAUAUUUACGAGUCAACAUCUCGAAGAAGAAAGGUGUUCAACGAACAGCAUUAAAUCAUCGAACUUCAAUUCGAUAGAUUUCAAAGAUUUAUCAGAAGUCUUGGAUAAGAAUAAUGAUCGUGAAGAGAAUCAAGAUCAUAUCAUUUCCACAGAGGAUAAAGAGAAGUCACAAAAUUCUAAAUCAACUAAUUCUAUUAUAUCAACAAUUCUAACAGAAUCUCCACAGGAUACUGAAACAAAUACUCUACAUAGUAACAAUAUGUCUCUGCAUGAUUCCGUAAGAUCGGUAACACCUAAAUUAUCACUUAGAGAAUCAAGAACUAUAGAAGAUGUUCAUACCAUUAAUAUACCAGAAAAUAAUUCUCAACUUAAUUUAAAAUGUUUCAACGUAAUAAGAUCAAGAACUACAUCCGCUAAAAGUGAAACCUCGCUGAAGUUAAAUGUUCCAACAAAAACUACUUUAAGAAAAUCAUUAGAAAAUCUAUCCAUAGUUGGUACAUCGUUGUCUGAAACGAAUGUUGAGUUUUUAAAAUCGAAUAAAGAAACAAAUAGCAGCGAACAAAAGGAUAGUCUUGUAGAUAAAUCGAUUUCAAAAACUUUAAGCAAAUCAAACCAAAGAGAAGAGAAUGAUGCAUUGCAUAAUGUAAAAAAUAAAUCUAAAAUGAAACAUAAAAAACGAAAGAAGCGUGAUGUGUCAGAAAAGAUGAUAAAAGAAGCAGUGAACUCAGAUGUUGUGGAAGUUAAACAUCCAAACACGAAAGAAACGAUCCUAGCUAGAAUGAUCGAGAUUGAUGUUGAGAUUCAUAAAUUAAUGACGGAGAAAAUGACUCUAUACCAGAUGCUGACAAACGAUACUUUACCAACCGAGAAUAAUUUGCAACAAAAUAAUGUAGUACAUGAAAAUAAAGUGGAAACACCGUCUGUGUUAAUGUCACAUUUAAUACAGAAUCUUGAACCUAGUCCUGUAACAAAUCAGUGUGCCAAAAGAAGUAUAGAAACUGUAUCCGUAAAGGACAUCACGGUUAAUUCUGUACAAUCAAAUGUAUCUAAAAUACCAAAUAAACGGGAACAUCGUGCGGAGAAAAAGGGAAAUUGUACUUCCACUUGUGAUUCUGACGAAGAAGAGAUCAUAAAUACCGAAGGUAAGAAAUCAUCAACUUCUAAUAAAAAGAAAAAGCAUAGAUCUGAAAGGACAACUAAAAAAUUGGAAAACAAAUUAGACAGUAAUGUAUGUGUGAGUGAUUUACGAGAGUCAAUUGCAGAAAAGAGACAAGCUAAUGGAAUUAAGUCAUCAUCUAAGAAAAUCAGUGCAAAACAAGUAACAACAGAACAUAAGUCUAGUCAUAAUUCAAUAAAUGAGAUUAAAUCUCAAGAAGAUUCUAAUGGAAAACCUGUACAACAAAUUAAUAAAGAAGAUUCAUCUAGCGAUACUAAAGUGGAGAUAGAUCUUAAUAAAGACGGUGGAAAAGUUGUUGAAUCUACAGAAUUGUCAAAAGAUGAAGAGAACUGUUCGGUAAAAAAUAAUGAGAAUACAACAGAAAUUUCAAAUAAGAAAUAUAUACGUUUAAAUUCAGCAAUAAAGCCAUUAGAGAAGAAACCAUUGGAGAAGCCAUUAAUAUAUUCUGAUGAUAGUACUUGGGAUUCUGUUCUUCAGAAUUCAAGUGUACGUAAUCAAAAGAAAUCAAAUACAGGACUUGCCCUUUUGGAGGAAACAUACAAGAAAGAAAUGGCGAAAACGCGAAAAAUAAGAGUUGAAACGCGAAAGAAGAAAAAGAGAAAAAUACAUAGUGUACCAGAGGCUGUCGAUAAUUUAACUCCUGAAGAAGAGGAAUUAUCAUUAUCCGCACUGCGUGUUAAAAAGUUACACAAAAAGAAAAAACUACUUAAUUCCCGAGAUCAACGACUAGAAGAAACAAAUACUGAUCAACAGCUUUGGAGAAAUGUGGUUGAAGUAAUCAAUGCUGUGGCAGAAAACAGAGCAGAACAGUUUCAUGUAGAAGGAUCAGAGAGACAAUCAAGUGGUGAUACUGGAGAUAUUGUACCUGACGUAACUGAUGUAGAAAGAGAUUCAAAAUCAAAAUCGUUAGAAGAAAGAGAAGAUAAUACAAGUAACGAUCUUAACAAAGACAAUUUACAAUCAACAUUAUGCUAUGAUGAACCAAUUCAACAAAAUUUGAAGAACAGUGUAACAUCAAAGAGUGUAAGCAAUUUGUUUGAAACGCCCAUAUUUAACAACAUGUCUGAAGAAAAUAUGACAGAACCCGUUGUACAAGAAAGUUUGGAAAAUAAUAGCAUAGAAAUUGAAGAUUCAAAUAUAGAAAAUGUACAUAACAUCAAUAAUAUCUCAGAUGUUACAAAAACAGUCCUAUAUGAAGAAAAAGCAGAUAAAGUUGAAGAAUUAAAUUUAGAAAAGGAAGAUGUUAAUAUUAAUACGAAUCCUGUAACAAAGGAACUUUCUGAUACUCUACAAAUGCCUGUAGCUGAGAUUCCUUAUAAUUCAAAAGAAGAUUUUAAUAUCACAGUAAACAAAAAUAAACCGAAUGAUUCUUCAGUUUCCCAAAAAAAGGAUGAUGUGAAUAUUACCUCUCAAGAAUUUAAUGACAUGUCCCAAGAUGAAGACAUUGUAAAUCUUAAAGAACAGAAAGAUAUGCAAAAAGUAAAAGUUUCUAAUGAAGAAAAUAAUAACAAGAAUUGGGCGUCCGUUUCCCUUCAUGCAAACAGCGCAGAAACAUUGAAAAGUGGAGAAACAUCAAGUAAAAGGCCGUCUAAACGUAAGAGAGGAAGCAGCAAACCUCCUGUGCGAAGAAGUUCGAGGUAUACGGAAGAAAUCACAAAACAUAUAAAAUUGGAAACUGAUCUUCCAUAUAUUGACCAAGAGCUACAGGAUAAACAACAAAUGACAUUACCCGGUAUAUCACAUACAUUGUUAUCUGAAAAAGAAGCUGAAAAUACACCAUCAAGUACUAAAAAAUCCAAGCCUCAAAAAUUCGUAUUAAAUAGGAAAAAAUAUAGAUGUGAACCUCCAGCAGUUGAGAUCCUCUCUGAACAAUCAAUUUUAACUGAUAAACCAGUGAAAGAAAUUAAAAAACGCAAACAAUAUACAACCAAAGAAAUGACAAGUUGUGAAGUAAGAUUAGCAGACUGCAAGCAUACAAUUUUAAAUCCAGAUGUAAGUUCUGAUGUAUUACAGAGGUAUGGGAUCUCUAAAAUUAAUUCCUGUACAUACUUCAAUUCAACUCAAGUAGAUUCUGUGCUAAAUGCUAUGCAAUUAACAUCAAUUAAAAAUUUGCCAAGUGUAUGUACUAAACGAAAAAUUUCAAUGACUGAAUGCUCACAAAGUGAAUCAUCAAAAUUGAACAGAUCUAAAAGCUCACAACCUUUCAAUAAUGAAAUAAAUUUAAUUAACGUUGAGGACGAUAAUGCAGAGCAUACAAAUCCCGAUAUCGAUGUUAUGCCAACUUUAACAAAAGAGCCAGUUACACUAAAUAUUUCACAAGAUUGUGAAAAUCCAGAUAUUGAAAUUGUGGAAGAAAAGAAAACUUCUACUACAAACCAACAGUAUAGUAAUUCUGAGUCAACACUAACUGUGAUAGAUACGAACGAUGAUAAAGAAUUACCAAGGACACAAUAUACAGUCCACAAAGGUCCUAUAUUAGAUAUUAAGGUUUUUGAGAAUUCAUUCCUAGCUGCAAGUGAAGAUGGCAGAAUAUAUAGGUACAAUCAAGCAUCUAAUGGAAUAUUAAACAUCUAUAAAGGUCAUAAAGCAGCAGUAACUUGUUUAUAUGUAUAUAAAACAACCAAUACAGAUAUUAGUAAAGAAUGGAUGUUUUCUGGUUCACUGGAUGGAACUUUAAGAUGUUAUAAUAUCACGACUGGAGCACAAGUAAGAGAUACAGCAGACAUAGGUAGCCCCGUACAGUGUAUGGAUGAAGCAUGGGGGAUGAUUUUCAUUGGUACCAAGUCUGGUCACGUAUCCCGCUACCACAUAAAGUUAGGUGUUAUCAAAGGAGACAGUAUACAGUUUUCAGAUAAAUCUGUACUAGCUUUAAAAGCAACCAACGAGGGUCCUCGAAAAGUUCUCAUUGUAGCAUCACGGAGUCAACCGAUAACUAUACGAGAUGCUCAAAACGGCCUAUUUCUUCGUACAAUUUGCGGUCAAAAGAGUCAUACAGUGUAUAGUUUAAUGCGUGAUAAUAAUCUAAUUUAUUGUGGAACUAGUAGCACAUCUAUACCUGUCUUUGAUUUUACAAAUGGUGAACAAAUAUUACAGUAUGAUGCAGGAGUAGGAAUCGUUUGUAUGCGCCUAUACAGAGAUUUACUGUUUGCCGGUUGUUACGACGGAAAUAUUUAUGUAUUUAAUACGAAGGAUCACCGACUUGUGUGUAGCAUACCUGGACCAGGCAAUAUGUUAUUAAGUAUGGAAAUUAUAGACAAUAAGAUCAUAGCUGGUAGCAAAGACAAACGUUUGCAAUCAUGGCAAAUGCCACUACAAGUGCGGAUUUUGUUAUAGGUGAACCAAAUUUGUACUAAUACAUCUUAGUCUAGUCGUGCUCCUAAGACAAAAAGUAUUGAAUUACUUUGGAGUACAGUAAACUUCUAUAAAAUAAUUGUACAAAUUAAGAGAACUAGAUUUAUAUGUAUAUACACCUAUAAUAUAUAUAUAUAUAUACAUAACUUAUUUACAAAACAAUGCACAUAAAUAAUAUAAAUACGUUUGUACAGAAAAUUAAAUUAUUGGUAUUGUGAUGAGAUCGAAAUAUUUACAAUACACUAGAGAAAUGUACUAGAUUUUUGUCUGUAAAAAGCGAUGAAAGAAAAAAGUAUUUAUUCGAUUUUAUAAACUUGCGCUAUUGAGGACAAACCUGCUGUGCCUUGUGCGCGUUACCAAGUCCUUUUUUUUGGUAUUAUCAAAUAAAAAUACAUAUAAACGAUACCUAAAUCAGACUAAAAAUUGCACUUUAUAAUUCAAAAUUCUGUAACCUUUGCACUUAAUUUUUUUUCUUUGUAUGUGUUAUAAAAUAUAUUUAUAUUAGAAUGUAUUUCAAUAUAGUAUUGCAUACUUAAUUAAACAGUAACACAAUAAAUGCAAAUGCUGAUAUUAUAAUUUAUAUGUUAUAUUAAGUUUUCAGACUAUUAACUUUUUAUACACUGCUUAAUAAGUGCAAAGGAUUGAAAUGCUUAGUACUAAUAUUGUAACAUUUCAAUAACGUUAAUAAGACAUAUGUAUCUGAGUUUAUUGAUAAAUUGCAUAUCUUACCAAAUAGUAAUUGUUGCAGUUUUCUCACUAUCAAUAAUUAUUCUUUCUCCAUUCAUUCUUUUCUGAUAAUAUGCAUAUAUGUAUCUUGUUCUGUACAUGUUACUUUAAAUUGUUAUUCAUAUGGUAACUUUAAUGCAUUAGCCAUGUUUUGUUGAUUUUUUAGUACCGAAUUUAUUUAAUAUUGUUUUCUAAUUUGUUAAUAGAAAAAAGAAAGAUGUUUAUCCUCUUGAUAGAAUGGACAAAUAAUCUUAAAAUGUAAUUGUGAUGAAAUGUAUAUGUUAAGUCAAAAACAAUUCAGGUGAAUUUGACAUGGUUAUUAAAGAAAUUGGAGGUAGUAUGGCACCGAUAUGGAAACACUAUUUUGACAAGGUAAUAGUUAUACUUUUGAAAUUGCAAAUAAGAGAAAACUUUUAAUUUUUUAAUCUCUAGGUUCGAAAAAUUAUUUAUGUAGUGGAUGCGAGUAAUCUUUGCCAGAU